UUUAGCUUUCGCAUCUUCUGAGGCCCAAAUGCUUAUAAGCUCGCAUUGUAGUCCGAGGCUGAUACGCAAACCAGCCGAACGUCGUUGACGGAGUUGGAAAAGUACGACCAAAAAAUAUGCGAAAUGCAUAAGAAAUACGACGAGCUGCAGGCCGAGGCGAGACUGAAAAGUGAUAAGCUGACGGGGAUGCAGGAUCAGCUGGCUGAUCUGGGACGGGAAGCGGAGACGGUGGUGUCGAAUCUCCAAGACUCGUCAGAGGCUAAGGAAAUCCGAAUGCUCGAGAAUCGCCUCGACAAAGCUACCAUCAAGUACAACGAGGCACAAGCCGUACGGAAAACAUACGAGCAAAUAGCCAAGCGACUGCAAGAAGAGCGCUUGACAUUUGACAACCAGCUGACGAGUUUUGAGAAGACCAUCAAGCUGAAGAAACAGGAUGCGCUUGAGCUUGAGACGAUGUCUAGGGAUGCUAACCACGCGAAGGAGGUCGCCAAGGCGGAGCUGGCACGGUUUGAGCAACAAAUCAAUGACGAACGAAAGCAACGUGAGAAAGAUCUCCAGUUGCGAAAAGAGCUUGUCAAGCAGAAGAUGGAGAUCACGGACAAGAUCGACUGGAAGAAACUCCAACUUGACGACCCAUCCAAUGAUCUCUCCCUCAACUCCGAGGUCAACAAAGAGCAAUACGACGAAGCACGCGAAAAGAACAUCGCCGACUAUGAAGAGAACAUGCGUCUCGUCAAAGAAGCGGCCGGUGUCUCAGACAUCAACGAAGUCAUUGCCAAAUACCGUGCACAGGGUGAAACCCACGAGCAUCUCUCGGAGCUCCAACGCAAAAACGACCAGCGGCACGAGGAGCUCAAGAAGAAGAAGAACGCGAUUUCAGAUGAGUUUGAGGAACUGCGCUUCUCGGGCGAGGCUAGGCAUGCGCAUUCGUGGAGAAUGAUUCAGGAGAUGAAGGACCAUGUGAAUGAGGCUGAGAAUAAGAUGUUGGAUGCGAAGGGCAAGUUUGAGAAGAUGGCGAAGCUAUUGGGGAACUCGAAGGCUGGGGUUCAACACUUGUCUGCGAAGGUGGAUGGUAUUCAGAUGCCGGAUUCGCAACAACCAAAAAUGUCAGAUGAAACAGUCGUGCAGAUACUGAAUGUCUGUAUCCGAAAAUUGGAACACCUGGCCAACAACGUGCAAGGCAAAGAAGUACCAGAGCCUGUCGUCCCACAACCCACCGCGCAACAACCGCCAGGCGAAACGACAAGCAUCUUCCAAGUCGCACAAUCACAGCUGCCCGUGUACAACACCCGUGUCAAACUACGACCGGUGGAAUUCGAGGAGUCUGGUGGCGAAGAUGAUGAGGACGACGACGACUACGGGGACGUGCCGGACCGCGAGACCAUCAAGAAGCAUACCGCGCAGAUGCUCAAUGCUCGGCUGAAGACGAAGCAAGCAAAGAAAGGGAAGAAGAAAAGGACGGCGAAGGAUGAUGAUUGAGGCGAGGAGCACGUGUUCUGAGGACGUGAUAAUGGGCCUUUCUUCGGAAGGGAAAGUUUCGGCGACGCCGAUUUUCGACAUUAAACCAUAUGAUUUGGUGUAACAAAGCCGCUGUCUGCGGUGUAUGCGGGAAUCCCUUUGACAAUGAGUUACUAAAGUACUCGAAGGGUUUAUCUUA